AUGAGUCUCGUCUUACCAGGACAAACCGUUGCUAGAGGUGUUGCAAAUGGCGAAGGUACAACUACAAAAGGCGAUUUUGUGAUUUCUACUCGGACAGGCAUCUUUGAUCCCAAAACAAUAUCGGUUAGGUUUCCUGAGAAGAUAGAGGAGACGGGAAUAUUGCCCAAAGUUGGAUCCGUUGUUUUGGCUCGAGUUACAAGAAUUAAUGUUCGUCAGGCUACCGUUAGCAUAACCGUUGUGGACGAUAUCUGCGUUAAAGAAGAAUAUCAAGGAGUCAUUCAUGUUCAGGAUAUUCGAGCUAGUGAAAAAAGUAAAGUGAAGGUUCAGAAUUCUUUCCGACCUGGUGAUAUUGUUCGAGCUUUAGUGCUUUCUCUGGGAGAUGGAUCUGCUUAUUUCUUGACCACAGCACGCAACGACUUGGGCGUGGUUUUUGCCCAAUCGAGUGAGACCGGUGAACAAAUGUUCCCUGUUGAUUAUCAACAUAUGCAGACGGAAUCCGGGUUUACAGAACAGAGGAAGUGUGCAAAGCCGAUUUUGGAUGAAUAG